UUUAGGAACAUAAACACUAACAAAGUGUCUUGACUGUCUUCUGUUUUCUCAGUGAGUGCCUUCCUUCCUCUCCAAAUGCAUAUUUGACAUUUCUCCUUCAAAUCCCUAAUUAACUUCAAAUUCAAAUUAAUCUACACAUUUUCAUUUCACCUCACUCUUCAAAUGGAGGAUUCCGAGGGAGUCCUCAACUUCGAUUUUGAGGGCGGCCUCGACGCCGUACCCUCCGCCGCCGCCACCGCCGUACCCUCCUCCGCCGCUGCUGCAACCGCUUCCGGACCUCUCAUCCAGCACGAUUCCUCUGCGGCCGCUUCUGCCGUAGCCAACGGUGGAGGUGCAGCCGCCAACGCUCCAUCAUCCGCAGACCCUGCCGCCGGCAACGUUCCCGGGCGGCGGAGCUUCCGGCAGACGGUGUGCCGGCACUGGCUUCGCAGCCUCUGCAUGAAGGGCGACGCGUGCGGGUUCUUGCACCAGUACGAUAAGGCGCGGAUGCCAGUGUGCCGGUUUUUCAGGCUGUAUGGUGAGUGCCGCGAGCAGGAUUGCGUGUACAAGCACACCAAUGAAGAUAUCAAGGAGUGUAACAUGUACAAGUUAGGAUUUUGUCCUAAUGGGCCUGAUUGCCGAUAUAGGCAUGCAAAAUCUCUGGGCCCUCCACCUCCUGUUGAAGAGGUCCUUCAAAAGAUCCAACAUUUAUAUUCUUACAAUUAUAACACCUCUAACAAAUUUUUCCAACAAAGGGGUGCUAGCUAUACUCAACAAGUUGAAAAAUCUCAGUUUCCUCAAGGAAUUAAUUCUACAAACCAAGGUGUGGCUGGAAAACCAUUGGCAGCAGAGUCAGGAAAUGUCCAGCAGCAGCAACAAGUUCAACAGUCUCAGCAGCAGGUCAGCCAGAGCCAAAUGCAAAAUCUUGCUAAUAGCCAGCCCAAUCAAGCCAAUAGAACUGCAAUCCCUUUACCUCAAGGAAUAUCUAGGUAUUUUAUUGUUAAAAGUUGCAAUCGUGAAAAUUUGGAGUUAUCUGUACAACAAGGAGUAUGGGCAACUCAAAGGAGCAAUGAGUCCAAACUAAAUGAAGCAUUUGACUCUGUGGAAAAUGUGAUAUUGAUAUUCUCAGUCAACCGUACUAGACAUUUCCAGGGUUGUGCAAAGAUGACAUCCAGAAUUGGUGGUUCUGUUACCGGGGGUAACUGGAAAUAUGCUCAUGGAACUGCACAUUAUGGGCGGAAUUUCUCUGUUAAAUGGUUGAAGUUAUGUGAACUGUCAUUCCACAAAACUCGUCAUUUAAGGAAUCCAUACAAUGAGAACUUACCAGUGAAGAUAAGUAGAGAUUGUCAGGAGCUGGAGCCCUCUAUUGGUGAGCAGUUGGCAUCCUUGCUUUAUCUUGAGCCAGACAGUGAACUUAUGGCUAUCUCACUUGCAGCAGAGUCUAAACGAGAAGAAGAGAAAGCAAAGGGAGUGGAUCCAGAUAAUGGAGGAGAAAAUCCAGAUAUUGUCCCAUUUGAAGACAAUGAAGAAGAGGAAGAGGAAGAAAGUGAUGAAGAGGAGGAGAGCUUUGGUCACGUUGUAGGACCAGCUGGUCAAGGCAGAGGUAGGGGCAGAGGUAUGAUGUGGCCGCCUCACAUGCCUCUUGGGCGUGGAGCCAGACCCAUCCCUGGAAUGCAAGGUUUUAACCCUGUAAUGAUGGGUGAUGGAUUAUCCUAUGGGCCUGUUGCACCUGAUGGUUUUGGUAUGCCAGAUCUUUUUGGUGUAGGACCCCGAGCUUUUGCUCCCUAUGGUCCAAGGUUCGCUGGUGAAUUUGCAGGCCCCCCAGCACACAUGAUGUUUCGUGGGCGACCCUCACAACCUGGGAUGUUUCCGGGUGGUGGGUUUGGGAUGAUGAUGAAUCCUGGACGUGCUCCCUUUAUGGGAGGGAUGGGGGUUGCUGGGACAAAUCUACCAAGAGGAGGUAGGCCACUUAAUAUGCCUCCUAUGUUUCCACCACCACCUCCCCCACCUCAGAUUGCGAACCGUGUUGUCAAGAGAGAUCAAAGAACUAAUGAUCGGAAUGAUAGGUUCGGUUCAGGAUCAGAGCAGGGUAAGAGUCAAGACAUGCUUAGUCAAAGUGGUGGACCUGAUGAUGACAUGCAGUAUCAGCAAGGAUACAAGGGGCACCAGGAUGAUCAGUAUCCUGCUGUGAACAACUCCAGGAAUGACGAUAGUGAAAGUGAGGAUGAGGCACCUAGGCGGUCAAGACAUGGAGAGGGAAAAAAGAGGAGGCGAAGCUUAGAAGAUGUUAACACGAGCUCUAAUCACUAGCAUAUGCUUUCCCCAGGCACUAACCAGGAUGCCAGUUUCCAAUGCUUUUAUUUUCAAUGAAAUGAUGAGACCAUCACAUUGCUUUGUAUGAGUUUCUUUUUUCCCCUUUUUAAGUGUCCUGGGGACUGGGGUGCCCCAAAAAAAAAAAAGAAUUAAAAUUAAUGUUCAACGGUCAUGUAAUUUUUACAUAUGGUUCAUUGGGCAUUUAAUGUUAAUGUAUCGCAAUCAAGAUGAUAAUUUAUAGGCUAGAUGAAUGUACACAUGUAUUUGUAAAAGGAUCUUAACAUUACAGUACUCGAUGAAA